GCUGCGCAGGUCGUCAUUUGCCAAUGUUAAUUGCUCUAAUACGGCUGGUGCCUGUUUAAAGUCGCGGCUUUCGCUUUGCUGUCCCGUUCAUUUGGGAUCUUCUCGGAGGAGUGUUUGGACGAUGCUCUAUAGAUUAGGUGACCUCUGGCAGAAACCAACAGCAGCGCUACUGGGCCGCUUUGCGUUCGACGUAGUUGGGCGCCAUUAAGUAUUACGGUAGUUUACAAACUUUUAUUCUGCGUUCAUAGCAGUCGGGCUGCACGACAUACCUUCAAGCAAACGCUCAAGCAGCUGUUUAACUCGACUGCAAUAUGGACCGUCUUACACAUGCCGCUGGAAGCAUUUGCUUCAUUCUCCUAUCGAAUUUGGUGAAUGGAGAUGACUUUCUUGAAAAAAUGAGGAAGAAGCAUGCUAAGCCUGCACUCCCUUUUUGGGCUAUCAUCACUAUAAUCCUAAUUUCAUCCGUAUUUGUGACAAGCUGUGUCAUGUUUUGGUGUUUCUUCUACCUAAGAAGACGACAGGCACUGGCUUUGCAGGUAAUGACGCAACCACCGUCGUUGGGUCCAGCUUCAGGUCCAACGGUGUCAGGUGCACCUGCCCAUUCCUACCUAGAAGCAUAUCCUCUCAUACCAGGUGCAUCCACAUCUCUGACUUCACUGAAUACACAGCGGAGGGGCUUUCAAGAAGAGAGAAGUCCUCCAUAUCCCAAGAAUGGACUCUACUCUGAUCACAGCAGUGCUUCCCUGCCCCAGCUACCAACAGCAUCAAUGCCAUCUGUGCCAUCUGCACCACCUCAGCCAUUACCCCCCUAUGACAACUGAACAUACACGGAAUUGCCAUUGCGGCUUAGAGGCUAUGCCAAACUCUGCUGCUGUGUUGGAAGUUGCAAGGUUUGACCCAGAUGGGAGCACAAUGCAAAAAUGCUGCAGUGGUCGUAGCAGAAUGUCCCUGCUACAGCCGCCUACAGCACCAAUGCCAUCUGCCAUUCACAAUCCCGACAUAACAAUUAUGCAGAUCCAUCCAACGCACAUGUUAGAAUCUAUGUGAAGCGAAGAUUUAGUGAAGCGGUUAUUGGUGUGUCAUACGACUAAGUGUGGUUGAUUUUCAUUAAUGCUUAUGCACCGCACAGGCCACAAGCUAUUCCGAAAUGCAAACACCAAAUGAGGCAGAUGCAUUGUGAGACAUUGACCCAGCGAUGUCCCAAUGAUGAAGGCAAUUUAUACUUGUGGACGACAUGUUUCUAAAUACGUUUAGGGAUUCUAUACUCCUUGUGCAGUAGUGGCACAUACCUAUUGCAGAAGCUCGCCCAAGAAUUUGGACAUACCUUGUGGUGCAUAAACAGUGGUACAUACCAAUGGCCCAGGAACGGGGUAGUACAAAUAUAAGAAUAAGAAACUCAAAGGAAGCCAUUAAAUACUGUGCGCUAUUCCAUUAAGAUGCCUGUUUUCUUUAGAGAUACCUAUGAGCUGACAUUAUAUGUGCAGGUUUUGUGCUGUGAUUUAUUGUUUUGUUAUGUAGAGCCGAGAUCCAUUCAUUGGCACUACUUUGUCAGUCAACAGGCAGUGCUAUAUAAGCCAGUUUUCUAGAUCCUAGUUCUCAUGCCUAUCAUGUGAGAAACUGAUGACCGAUCGAUGACUCGCGCCAAACAGCACUGUGUCAAGCAAAAACAGUUUUGCUUUGAAAAUUCCUUGCAUAUUUCUAAGCCGCAUUGCUCAAAACCAUGCCAAAUGUUGUUUUAAGGCAGGCCAUUGAAAGCACCUCUGUAUUCCUGUUGAGCACUCUUUAUCACCAUGAAGUUUGCUCAUUGUCAAUCAUCCCCACAAAUUGGGUCCUUGGAAGUGACACAACGCAGCCUCAAAUCGGGAUCCUUCAAAUUACCCUAGACCACAUAUGCAAGCAGUAUUUAUGGAUGACCCAUAUUUUCAUGGGUGCUCAUCUUGUCAGAGUUGCUUGCAUGGUCUUUUUCUACCCUUUUCAUGCCAGCAGUCCUUUUACCAGCUUGGACAGGUGAUGUCAUUUCUAUUAGAACUUUGCCAAAUCAAAACUUCUUUUUGUAUCCAUUGGCAGCCAUUGUUACAUUGGGUGAGACACUGCUUUUUUUUUCUUUUCACAGCUGUUUUUGUGCUUAUCUCGAAUGCCUUCACCAUCCAGGCACAUAUCUUAGCUUUUUAAGGAAAAAAAAAAAAAGAACCUCUCUAUCUCUGUGUCUGGACUGGAAGGGUAGGGGCUAUACACUGAAACAAUCCCUUGUGACAAUGAUUUCACUUUCCUGAGUUACUUGGUUCAGCACUGUUACGGUGACAACUACCUGAUGACUUAGGUUUCUGCCAUCCUCCUAAUCAGCACAUUCAUACAGUAUGCCAAAAUAACGGUGAUAGAAAGGUAGUAAGCACACCCACAUGCUUUUUUUUCAUCACUGUUACAGUUUUAGACCAUUUGCACACACAUAAGACAACUAAGGUUAUCAUUCUAGAAUGCACUUCCAAUGCCCAAGAUUCUUGUCUGUGUACUAAAGUGAUGCUGACACUGUAGCGACGAUCAUACUGCAGCAGCACCAAUAGUAAUUUACAAGUCCCAAAGCAAUGUCUGACAUUACAAGAAAGAAAAUAGUUAAGAGCAGUUCAGUUACGGCAGUUGUUCCCAUGGGCAAUGACUAUGUCUGCUUUUGCAUGCGCUCUUGGUUGGCGAUGUAAUAAUGUGAUCGUAACAGUUGUCCCUUGAUAUGCACCCUGCACUUCCAAACAUUCCAGAAACUUUUAAAGCAGCUUGAUUGACAUGAAAUAAUAGGGUGCUUUCCAGUUCCAUUAUUUUCUAUCACUGCGAAAUUAACUGUUACAUUUUAAUAUCUCGAAGCUGCACCAUAGGCUAUGAUGGAUGCCAUAGCAAGCAGCAAGUGAACACCAAGGAUCAAUGCGGAACAUCUAGCUCACUUCUGGUUUGUCUCUAAAGCAAAGGACAGUGCCGAAAGCUGAGGGCUGUCAAGUUUGGAAAUGUGAAAGUGAUGCAGCAAUCUUUUUUCCAAGAAUGAGAUAACGACAUGACAUUGGAAGCCUGUCAGACAGAAGUGGGCACAGUAAUUUCUUGCAAAGGGGCCACAUACCAGUCAUCUGUUAUUGAUAAAGGAAUCCUGCACUGCUGUUACCACCUGGCUCUAGAUAAAACGUUUCAACAGGCGGUGGUUCCAAAAGGUUUGUGUGACCAAGUUUCGAAUUUGGACAAGAAACUGCAAUUCUGGCAGCUUGGCAGCCUUUCCUUAAACUGAAAUAGUAUGCGAGCAUUUUUGUAUUGUGGCCCCCAUCAGGAUGCCAGCCCGUAACUUCCUGCUCGGCAACAGUGGUGUGGCCUCUGAGCCCAUGACAAGCCAGUCGCUUUCCUGGUGUUUUAGGUGAUGUCAGUACUUGUUUGGUUUUUGUAAGUGAGUGAUAGUGCAGAUAGUAGGGUUUCCUACUGAACUUAUGGGAGAGAACUCUGGUGCUGUGAUUUUUUGGCUACCAUAGGGAGAAUGGUUAGUACAUGGAUUUGUCUUAUGGUUGUUCUUGCGACUUGAAACGUUCUUGUGGCUUAAUUUACACUUUGUCUGCCUUUAUAGGUACUGUCUGAAA